AUGUCAAUGUUCGAUGAGCAGUACCAGUACUAUCAGCAAACGUCGCUCCUCUUCGACCCGCACGCGCUCGCCGUCAAUCAACAUGGCACUGGGCGCGAGAAGACACCAACAGACUCGCUGAUCAACCACACUGGGAUUGUCGCCAACCCCCUUGACGGCUACGCCGCCUCUCGAUCGCAACCCCUCACGGCCGCCAGAGUGCCUGACCAAAUGCUUUGGGACGAUGGUAGCCUCUCUAACUCCCCAACGUCUGUAAGGACCCCCGACGGCGAGUCGUUCGAGGUGGAGAUGCUUGAUCAAGAUAUGCGCACCUUUUACCAACACAACGGCGUAAACAUGUCGACUCAAGUCUCGCACAACGCCAUCCCAGCGCUGGACACAAACAUGUUCUUCACGCCUCAAGGCACCAUAAGCAACCACGGUAUUCCUGGUGGCUCGGACGGCGUGUUCUCGUUCCAUUCGGACCAAGCCAUGAUGCUCGAUCCAUUCCCCAUGCAACAGCAAUUUCUGCAGCCACCACCGACAGGCAGCAUGAGCAUGACUGCAAACUACAUGCCAACCAACAACAUUGCGGCUGGCUCUUUUGAGAGUGCCCUGGAGCAGGAAUCGGCUGCUACUGCGCUGAAGAAUCAAUUGGCUAAAAACGGUGGCAGGGCGCUUGGAACACACUUGGAGCCAGAAGUUGCAAAGUCCGCACAUGAAAUGCGAAAGAUCUCUGCUUGUUGGCACUGCGUCCUCCAACGAGACAAGUGCAGUGACGGCGAAAUCUGUGCACGCUGCCUGAAGCGUUCGCAACGACCUAAUGCCGACUGUGGAUUGGGUUGCAUCCGCAUCAAACUUGUCGAACUGUCGCCAUACUUUCUGCCGGAGCUUGUGACUCAAAUGCACGAAGAUUCGAGUCUGAAGCACUUUGUCAACUCGUACGUUCAUGGUUGGGGCAACACCGAGUUCACUCUCUACAUGACAUGUGGCGGCUACAACAUGCCACGCAUCCCUGUCAAGGUGUACGAGUUCGUACCAAAAGGCAAUGAACUACUCGUUCAGAUCCAAUACAUCACUGACCCUCGCACAAACACUAGAGUAGCAGUCAAGAAGCAAAGUCCAGCCCUAGGCAUGGUCCACAUCAACCACAACGAAGAGAAGACGUAUGACAAAUACAUCACGGACAUUGUCGACCACCAUCUCGAUGCCUUCGGCGAGCUUUGCUGGCUCGAAGACGACAACGACUUUCUACAAAAGCUUUUCAAGCUCAUGACAACGAUGAUGAAGCCCAAACUCCUCCGCGAAGUCUUCCGCCUCGUCGUCGUCACAUUCAUCAUGUCACACGCCCUAACCAUCGCCGAAGAAGGCAAACACACGACCCUGCAACGCAUGCACAGCUACGCCGGGCGCGCCGCCUAUGCCGACAACUUCACGUCCCCCCGUAUGACGAACCGCCAGCUAAAAUACUUCUUCUCGCGACUCCAGCGGCAGAUCCAAGCCACGGUUCUAAACAAACUGCAGCAAAUCUUCAAAUCCUCAAAGGGCUGCGACAAAUGGCUGGCCGCCUUCGUGGCAGUGCUAGGCAUGUGCAUGGCGCUCGAAGACCAACAGAAAAACAUCCAUCUAGUUAUGAACACCAAAGCUGCGAUGCAGGGCAGUGACACCCGCGACGCGCAGGACGUGGCCGACGCCGCGUGCCGCGAAAUCGACACGCGCAUGCUCUUCGUGCAGCAGAUUUUCCGGUGGAAGUAUAAUCGCAAGCAUAACCCGCUGGUGCACAGUGAGCAUGAUUGGGAGAAGGAGGUCGGGUUCGGGGAUAAGAGUAGUGUGGAGUUUGUCAGGCAGGUUGCGCAGUUGGUUAAGGAGAAUAGUAAGUCCGCCCUUUCUGUUUGUGAGAUGCUAGUAGAGGCUGACGAUUGA